AUGGUGCAAGUCAAAAUGUCCAAAUCGCCUGUAGACCCUCUGUCUGCUGCGGAAACCGGCUCGCAAUCGCACUAUUUCCAGCUGCCCAGGAAGUUGCCUAAACGCAAGAGCCGUUUCAAACGCUCAGAUGGCAGCACGUCUUCUGACACAACGUCCAGCUUCAUCAAACGGCAGGGGUCGGCUGAUUCGUACACCAGUAGACCGUCGGAUUCAGACCUGUCAGCAGAGGAGGACCGCGAGGCGUAUCGGCGUGAAGCCGAACGCCAGGCACAGCUGCAGCUCGACAGAGCUAAGUCCAAACCUGUAGCGUUUGCAGUAAAGACGAAUGUGAGUUACUGUGGAGCUCUCGAUGAGGACUGUCCGGUCCAAGGAGCUGCAGUCAACUUUGAUGCCAAAGACUUUCUGCACAUCAAAGAAAAGUACAAUAAUGACUGGUGGAUCGGACGGCUAGUAAAAGAGGGUGCGGACAUCACCUUCAUCCCCAGCCCUCUACGACUGGAGGCGAUGAGACUCAAACAGGAGCAGAAACAGAAGAAAACAGGGGGUAACUCCUCUAGUCUGGGCGACAUGGUGACUGGGAGCUGGAGGACCACACCGCCAUCUGCAGCUAAACAGAAGCAAAAACAGGAACACGUACCCCCCUACGAUGUGGUGCCCUCUAUGAGGCCGGUGGUCCUCGUGGGACCAUCGCUGAAGGGCUAUGAGGUGACGGAUAUGAUGCAGAAAGCUCUUUUUGACUUCUUGAAACAUAGAUUUGAGGGAAGAAUCUCAAUCACCCGUGUAACUGCCGACCUGUCCUUAGCCAAAAGAUCUGUCCUCAACAAAAGACCCAUCAUGGAAAGAUCCAACACUCGUUCCAGUCUAGCGGAAGUUCAGAGUGAGAUCGAGAGGAUAUUUGAGCUUGCCAAAACCCUGCAGCUUGUGGUUCUGGACGCAGACACCAUCAACCAUCCUGCACAGCUAGCCAAAACCUCCCUUGCACCCAUCAUUGUCUACGUGAAAGUUUCUUCGCCAAAGGUGCUCCAGAGGCUGGUCAAAUCCAGGGGGAAGUCUCAGAGCAAGCACCUGAAUGUGCAGAUGAUGGCUGCAGACAAACUCUCUCAGUGCCCCCCUGAUAUGUUUGAUGUCAUUUUGGAUGAGAACCAGCUUGAAGAUGCUUGUGAGCAUUUGUCUGAAUACCUUGACGUUUACUGGCGUGCCACUCAUCUCCCAGGCACCACCCCUCUUAAUCCCUUACUGGAGCAAAGUCUGAUGACUCCGCCUUCUGCCAUCUCUAGCCUACAGAACAAGAACCAGCCGCAGCCUCGUGAAGCGGUGGGCUUGGAGGGCGACGAGGAGGAGGUGGGCGAGGAGGCUCACUCACCCUUGGAGCAGGACAGUCUGAUGCUGUCUGACGAGGCCAGCGACUCCCUGUCUCGUGGCCGGAGGGGGAGCCCGUGCCACAGGGGGGGCGAGGAGGAGGAAGAUGAAGAAGAGGAGGAGGAAGAAGAAGAAGAGGAAGAAGAGGAGGAGGAUGAGUAUGCCUCUCCUUGCCAUGCUCGCACAUACAGGGACAUGUACCCCCCUCACCGUGGGCACACAGGCAGUGCCCACAGUGCCAACGGGCACGAGUCGCAGGACAGGCUGCUCCAACGUGAAGCCCAGCAAGGUCACAACCAGAGGAACAACCGCCAGCGCAGCCGCCCCUGGCCCCGAGACACCUACUGA